CUACACAUUGAGCGAAACCCCCGGCCCUUCAUUACCCGAAACCGGUUUCUACCCCCAAGUCUACUGUGCUCGAACCCAUCUCCCUCUCCCACCGCCACCGCCACCGCCACCGCCGCCGACGACAAUGGCGACCCUCCUCGGGCGAUCCGCCGCGCCCGCGCGGAAGCUCCUCCUCCUCCCUCGCCACCUCGCCGCCUCCGCCCCCGCCUCGUCCCGCGCCUUCUCUCGGUACUACCCUCGCGACGACAUCGCUCGGUACGACCCGCCGAGCACGCCGGUGAACUGGGGCGUGAGCAUAGUCCCGGAAAAGAAGGCCUUCGUGGUGGAGCGGUUCGGCAAGUACCUCAAGACGCUCGGCUCCGGGAUUCACGUGCUAAUCCCCAUGGUGGACCGCAUAUCCUACGUGCACUCGCUCAAGGAGGAGGCCAUCCCCAUCCCCGACCAGAACGCCAUCACCAAAGACAACGUCACCAUACAGAUCGACAGCGUCAUCUAUGUCAAGAUUAUGGAUCCCUACCUUGCUUCCUAUGGUGUGGAGAAUCCAAUUUAUGCAGUCCUACAACUUGCACAAACAACCAUGAGAAGUGAACUUGGGAAAAUAACCUUGGACAAGACUUUUGAGGAGAGAGAUGCAUUAAAUGAAAAAAUUGUGAUGGCCAUCAAUGAGGCUGCAAUAGAUUGGGGCCUGAAGUGUAUCCGUUAUGAGAUCAGGGACAUAACUCCUCCACAUGGGAUUAAAGUGGCUAUGGAGAUGCAGGCUGAAGCAGAAAGGAAAAAACGUGCCCAAAUUCUUGAAUCAGAAGGAGCUAUGUUGGAUCAGGCAAAUCGUGCGAAGGGUGAGGCCGAAGCAAUUCUUGCCAAGUCAGAAGCUACUGCUCGUGGAAUCAGACUGGUUUCAGAGGCAAUGACAAGUAAAGGCAGUACUGAGGCUGCGAACCUGAGAGUUGCGGAGCAAUACAUCAAAGCAUUUGGUAAUCUAGCGAAAACGACGAAUACAAUUCUCCUUCCAAGUGAUGCUGGCAGCCCGGCAUCUUUUGUAGCCCAGGCUCUCAAGAUAUACCAGCAUACUGUCAAGUCCAACCCCAAGAUGGGAGCUGGCCACGCCCACGUAGACGAGCUGGAGAAAUCAGAAGGAGAGACCGGCCCUGCUGCCCUACCUUCUGAGACAAGCAUCAUGCCCCCACUCUUCCCGGAAGCAGAUCCUGGAAAGACCUUCUCCCUGCAGCGCCACAAAAACAAGCAUUGAGUUCUGCUCGAGUACCUGAAGGAAGCCCUUUUUUUUGUCUGUUCUGCAAACAUUGGGGAAGUGUCACUGAGAACACCAGUAGGGUUAGUUUUGUGAGUUUAGACUUACGGUUUAAGAAACAUAUAUGUGCGGGAGAAGUUAGGGGAUAGACGCCUAGGCAUUGGUUUCUGGGAGCUAAAUGCAAGUAAGUUUGGCGACCGGAAAGGAAGAUUUUGAUUCUGGGGAUUGUUCGGAGUUAAGCUUUGGUUCCUUCUUAUGAUGCGAGUUUGUAAAUGCUGGUUGGGUUAUCGUUCAUGAAACAAGUACACUUGGAGGCAAUAUUUUCGUUCGUUGAA